UAAAGGAGAGAUUCUGUAUAUUCUUUGUUGCGGAGGCCAACACAAAUCCACGACAAAGAUGGCGAGAACUCCAUUGCUUCUCAAGGGUAGCAGGCGGCUGGGACGUGCUCUCUUCUUCGCCUUGGUGGUGGCCCUGAUUGGCUCCGUCGCCGCCUCGCCCCGGCGGCCUUCAAACAUGUUGUACCGAGGCGACUCGCUCUCUGCUGAGAGGGCCUCCAACGACGUCCUCGUUUCGGAGAAAGGAACGUUCAAGGCAGGUUUCUACUCAGUGGGUGUGAAUGCUGUCUCAUUUGCCAUCUGGUUCGCCGAGCUGCCCGACCAGACGGCGGUCGUCUGGAUGGCCAACCGGGACCGGCCGGUAAACAGCAGGGCCUCUCGCUUGUCCUUCUGGAAAAGAGGUGACCUCGCCCUGCUGGACGCAGACGGCAGCUUCGUGUGGACGACCACCAUGAGCAGCGGCAACAGCAGCAAUGCGGGGGCUGCGGUGCGGGUGGAGCUGCGGGAGACGGGAAAUCUGGUGUUGGUGGACGACAGGGAAAGAGUGGUGUGGCAGAGCUUCGACUACCCGACUGACACCUUGCUGCCGGGGCAGCCGUUAACCAUGUCCACGCGGCUGGCGUCCAGGAAGGCUGAGGGCGUCUACACCACCGGCUACUACCGCGCCUACUUCAACGAUGACAACGUCUUCAGCUUCGUCUACGUUGGCCCCAAAAGGUCCAGCAUGUACUGGCCGAACCCGGACAACGAUGUGUUUGAGAACGGAAGGACAAGGUAUAAUAGCUCGAGGUAUGCAAUUCUUGAUGACUUCGGCCGUUUCUCCUCGAGCGACAAGUUGCAGUUUGCUGCAUUAGAUGUUGGUCCGGGGAUCAAGCGAAGAUUAACGAUGGACUACGAUGGGAUUCUCAGGCUAUACAGCCUCAACAACAAAACAAAAAGGUGGGAAGUUUCAUGGCUUCCAUCUGGACUGGGAAGAUGCAGAGUCCACGGUCUCUGCGGGGAAAACGGGCUCUGUGUUUACACACCAACCCCUGCAUGUACUUGUCCCCCAGGAUUCAAAAUGAACGACCCGGCAGACUGGAAUCAAGGAUGUAAGAUGGAGUUCGACAUCGUCUGCAACAAGACGCAGGUGCAGUUCAUCAAGCUUCCGCACACAGACUUCUAUGGCUACGACGACUUAAUAGGUUACACAAGGGGACUAUCUUUUGAGGCUUGCCAAAACAUUUGCAGAAGCGACUGCAACUGCCGGGGUUUCGGGUAUUCGGCUGACGGAAAUGGCGUAUGUUAUGCGAAGAGCGUUCUGUGCAAUGGCCAGUCCGGCUCACAGUUCUCCGGUGAUAUGUAUGUCAAGGUUCCUUCAUGGAAUAAACGGCUCAGGCAGUUUACUAUUCUUGAUUAUCAGUCUAGUGCUCUAGGUUGUUCAAAAGCUAAUUCCUCCGUCCUAAAAUUUGAUGUACGUUACACAACUAGCAAUGCACAAGGGGAGUAUUUGAAGUACCCAAUUGGAUUCGCUAUUGCCUUCGGUGUGGUAGAAGUAAUCUGUGUGGGAUUUGGUUGGGCUUACUUACGCAGUCAGAACAAGUACCAGCUUCUGCACAGUGUGGACCAAGGUUAUUUAGCCAUGAAAAUGGGCUUUAGGAGGUUUACUUUCAGAGAGUUAAGGACAGCUACAAACAAUUUCAGGGAUGAGAUAGGAAGGGGAGGAUCGGGAGUGGUUUAUAAAGGAGUGUUAAUGGAGGAUGAGAGAGUUGUUGCUGUAAAGAGGUUGGCGGGUGUGAACCAGGGGGAGGGGCAAUUCUGGAGUGAGGUGAGCACCAUUGGAAGAAUAAAUCAUAUGAACUUGGUGACUAUGUUGGGAUUCUGUGCAGAAAGGAAACACAGAUUGUUAGUUUAUGAAUACUUGGAAAAUGGGUCCUUGGAGAAGAACUUGUUCAGUGAUUCUACUGUGCUCACUUGGAAGAACAGAGUCAAUAUUGCAGUUGGUACCGCAAAGGGCCUCGCUUAUCUUCAUGAAGAAUGCCUGGAAUGGGUUCUUCACUGCGAUGUCAAGCCGCAGAAUGUGCUCUUGGAUAAAGAUUUCUUGCCAAAAGUAGCUGAUUUUGGUCUGUCCAAGCUUUUUGACAGAGCUGAUAAUACCACAUCUAAUUUUUCAAGGGUAAGAGGAACAAGGGGAUAUCUGGCGCCUGAGUGGAUAAUGAACCUGCCCAUAACAUCCAAGGUGGAUGUAUACAGCUUUGGCGUUUUGCUGUUGGAACUGGUGACAGGUCGCAGUUCCAAUGGAUUCCAACAAGUUGGUGAAGACGGACAAGUUAGACAUUUGCAGCUGAUUCCUUGGAUCAAGGAAGUGGUGAUGACAAGGGAGAACUGGGUGGAAGAAAUAGUUGAUCCACGUUUGUGUGAGAUGUAUGAAAAAAAAAGAAUGGACCUUCUAGUUAAGGUGGCUUUGCAGUGUGUGGAAGACGAAAGGGAUAUGAGGCCAACCAUGAGUCAAGUUGUCCACUCCAUCACAGUUUCAUGCGUGGACGACCUAGAGGUGGCGGAAGAAACUGAUCAGCAGCAGUUGGGACUACUGCAUUGCUUAGUGCAGUAUUAAUAUAUUUCUCUUUGUUGUCUGCCUUGUUGCCUAGUGUUUUGCAGUACAAGGAGCGUUAUAUGUGAAUG